CAGCAACUGUGCGCGCUCCGGAGCGGCUGGCUGGUACUUAACGCCUGGCGUCUCGUCUCUGGUCCAAGAGCAGCGGUGCGAAUGUGUACGGCGAGCCUUGCGAAUGAAACACGCUAAAGAGGGAUCGUGUGUACAUUUCUCCGCCACACAUUCGCCCGUGAGUCCGCACUGAACGGAAAGGAUACUCCGUCCGAGGUGAGAAGCUGAACCGAGAGGUCCCCACAUUUCAAGAGAAGACGAAAGCCUUACUUGGAAAUCUUAUGGACGAAGAAAUGAGUCGCCAGACUGCCACCGCGCUGCCGACAGGAACCUCCAAGUGCCCCCCCUCCCAGCGCGUGCCCACCCUGACAGGCACCACAGCCUCCAACAGUGACCUGGCCAGUCUGUUUGAGUGUCCGGUCUGCUUCGACUAUGUUCUGCCCCCCAUCCUGCAGUGCCAGUCGGGACAUCUGGUAUGCUCCAACUGCCGGCCAAAGCUCACCUGCUGCCCGACCUGUCGAGGUCCGCUGGGCUCCAUCAGGAACCUGGCCAUGGAGAAGGUAGCAAACUCGGUCCUCUUCCCCUGUAAGUACGCCUCGUCGGGCUGCGAAGUCACCCUGCCCCACACCGACAAGACAGAGCACGAAGAGCUGUGUGAGUUCCGGCCGUACUCCUGCCCGUGUCCCGGCGCCUCCUGCAAGUGGCAGGGCUCGCUGGACGCCGUCAUGCCUCACCUGAUGCACCAGCACAAGUCCAUCACCACGCUGCAGGGCGAGGACAUCGUGUUCCUGGCCACGGACAUCAACCUCCCCGGCGCCGUGGACUGGGUGAUGAUGCAGUCGUGCUUCGGCUUCCACUUCAUGCUGGUGCUGGAGAAGCAGGAGAAGUACGAUGGCCACCAGCAGUUCUUCGCCAUCGUGCAGCUCAUCGGAACGCGCAAGCAGGCCGAGAACUUUGCUUACCGGCUAGAGCUCAACGGGCACCGGCGCCGCCUCACCUGGGAGGCCACGCCCCGCUCCAUCCACGAGGGCAUCGCCACAGCCAUCAUGAACAGCGACUGCCUGGUGUUCGACACGUCCAUCGCACAGCUGUUUGCGGAAAACGGCAACCUGGGCAUAAACGUCACCAUCUCCAUGUGCUAAAGGUCAAAGAAGGUCAAAACAGUUACAGAUCGUUGGGGCAUUUUUUUUCUUUUCCCCCCCUUUUUUUUUUUAGAUCAGGUCGGAUCAGUCGUGACCUCACAGCGCCCUCCUCCCUCUCUCUCUCUGCCACGCCCCCUUAGAGACGUGGAACUGGACUGUCUGAAUGGGCAGCCAUGGAGGCUCAGGGGCGGGUGGGAUGGAUGGAUGAUGGAUGAGUGGCAACUUAUGUGUAAUGACGGUUAUAGACGCACGUGUAAACAAGCGCGAGGCGAACGUUGGUCGUCUCGCCUUCUCUUCGCCGUUUAAAGAAAAAAAAAAACAAAGCGUGGACACGGACUGAGAAGCUGUUCAGUCAAACUCGCUCGUCAAACUCUCGGAACGAUCGUUCACCUCUUUCAUUUUUCACGUCUCUCUCUCUCUCUCUCUCUCUCUCGCUCUCUCUCGCUCUCUCUCAGUCCACCUCAUUUUACAUUUCAGACACACACGGCGACUACUGCUCAGUGCGUGCGUAGGUAGCUAACCAGCUACCUACCACUUUUUCUUUCUUUUCGUAAACCCACGCUCUCUGGAUCCGAUGGCUCACGCAUCACUGACACUCGUGGAUCCAGGACCUGGAGGUUGCACCGGAACUGUGGUCUCGUGACACCUUGGACUUUCCCUUUUAUUGUUUUUGUUGGAUAUUUAUUUUCACUCCGCGUGACUGACGACGUGGACAUGGAACGAUCCCGGACUGGAUUUCCAGCUGGAGCCUGCGAUCUGCAUCCAGAAAGUCCAGAAAGUGGAUGUAAAAAAAAAAAAGAAAAGAAAAAGGCGUUUGUGGAAACCGGACUCUCGUCAAGGUCGUCGCUGCGGUCGUCGGUGUUGGUGGCCGCCGGACUCUCUGCUCCUCGUUCUGUGUGGAUUUAAGAUUCUGAGCAACCGUGGAUUUAUUUUUUCCCAUGAACACACACACACACACACACACACACACACACACACACAAACACAAACACAAACACACACACGCGCACUCACACCCACACCCAGUGAUGCUUCAUGUUUAGUGUGUGUGUGAUGGCGGACGAAUUGUGUGUCGGAGAAACAGACGUCUCUUUUUUUGUUGUUGUUUUUUUACAACCAGGAAAAAACAAACACUACAUUUCAGUUGAUUUUUGUUUUCUUUUGGGAGUUUAUUCAAAAUUCUUUUAAUGAUUUUAGUUUUUUUUGUAUGAGAGAAGAGAAUACCUCCGUGUGUGUGUGUGUGUGUGUGUGUGUGUGUGUGUGUGUAUGGACAGUUUGUGAGAAGCCAGCUCUGUUUCUCCUCCUCUUUCAUUUUAGCUCCGCCUCCCUAUCUCUCUCGACCCACCCUGACUGACUUGAUCGCCCAGAAACCAGGACCGAGGGACAGUUUCUACCGUUACAGCCGUUCGCUAUUGUUAUUAUUAAAUGGAGAUUAUCAUAAUAUCGUUUUUUUGUAAUGACUUUUAAAAACAAAAAGUUAAAAAGGCAAAACUUGUAAAACUUGUGGCUAAACUUCAGUGUUUGUAGUUAAAAAGCAAGUUGUGUCGUUUCUUCUUCUGAAGGUUUGUGUUUUUCUUCUUCUCCUCCUCUUGUUUGUUUCCCCUCUUCUUCUAUUCGUCUCUUUGUCCUUUUUUGUUUGUGUGGUAAGUCUUUUCUUUAUUUUCGUCUGUGAGGAGAGAGCGAGGUUAAGCCAAUCAUCUCUCUCUCUCUCUCUCUGGAGUCUCAGUCGUAAUGUCGCUGCUCUCCCUCGACUUUUUUUCUGUUUUAAUUUGUCAUUAAAUAAAUCUAUCUUUUUCAUA